GACAACCCUCCAGAAAAGGAGACGUUCUCAUUGCAGAAUAUCCUCAGCGCCAACCACGAAAAUGUUGAGCACCCGACUGCGAAGGACGGGCCGGCGGAGGGGUGGGACGAGGAAACGUCUGGAAAGGCGCCGGUUGAGGGCUUCUGUGUCGAGUGUGAAGACCAGCCUGCGCAGGUACGGUGCGAAACCUGCGGAGAUGACUACUGCGAAGUGUGCUUCGCGGCACAACACAGGAAAGGCACCCGGAAGAGGCAUGCCACCAAGGCACUCUCUGGUGCUGCACCGAUCAAGAAAGCCAAGUCUACAUUGAAUGGCUCUGCAAAGCCUUCGGACAGUACAUCCGAAGAGGCGGAUGCAGAAGGUGCAGACUCUGAAGAGGGCCCAACGUGCCCCGAGUCGCCUGUUCCUGACGUCGUCCUCAGCUCGCAGCCGAAAGUAGGGUCCCAGGUCGGGGAAUGGUUCGUGGAACGCUCAAAGUACAUCCCCCUUCGGCUCACAUUGAGUGAACGCAAGUUUCUGAGGCUGCUGGACGCCGCGCUGCAAGUCAGCGAGUACACCGACAAGAUCGACACGAUUGGCUUCGGGCUAUCCAAGGCAAAACGCAUAGUCCAGCAGAUCCGCGAGCUGUGCGCGGUCAUGUCGGGGCUGGUGCUCGCUGCGGACUAUAAGCAGGGCCAGGAACUGUUCCAGGACCGGGACUUUGAGUCGAAUUCGGAGUUCUACCAGCAGAUAUUCGAACUUGGGCGGAGGCACAAGAUAAUGAAUCCUGACAAGAUGCGAACCACGUAUGGGAAGCUCAUCUAUCUGCUCCAGGAUAGUCAAACACCCGAAGUGAAGGAACUCUUGAAUUUCUCCUGCGUGAAGCCCAUCAAGACAGUGCACAGCGUACUCGAAGAAUACGGUGCUCUGGACCUACUUCGAGAUCCUCUCGUCACACUCGCCACGAUGGAAAUCUAUUCCGAAGGCCGCUCACGUCGCGAUAUCCAGAAGGAGAUCAAAGCCAAGGAACGCGCCAUAGAGACCCUCGCGUCCCGUUUCGAGCGCAAAGGUCUCAGCCAGGAGAACAUCCGGCAGUGCCUGUACAGUAUCGGCGACAACCAUGCCUUCCUGCGCACGAACCGUGAUCCCUGUGACAAGAUGAUUGGCUAUCUCAAGCAGUACUUCGAUCCUGUGCAAGCCAAGGAUAGUAAAUCGAGCUUAGCCAUUCGAAGUGGGAAGGGAGGUGCCAGGCUGAGUCACGACCACGCAAAACAGUAUGCGUAUGUCAUCCAGAGUCUGACCUUAUGGAGGGAGAUCUUGCAUGAUAUGUUCCAAUUGUGGUCGUUGGCCGAGCAAGAUCUACUGUCAGAAAAUGUGCCAUACCGACUGCGUGACACCGGGCAGGGACUCAACCGAGUGCAGGCUGCACCCAAGACGUCCCGCUUGAUGCACAUCAUCCUAAACCGCGCACAGAAAAGUAUAGGAAGCUGGGUUGGAUCCUCUGUAAUCCACAUGGGCGACCACAACGUACCAAAUGCGUUGAUGUUCAUCGACAAAUACUCCCAAAUAUACCGCAUUCUCCUGCCUAUAUGCAAUACCCUGUCUCAAAUACCUGUGAUCGCGGAGGAACGCCCCGCUAUCAGGUCGUACAUAGAGGAUGAGUUCGGGUCUGUUGACAACUGCCGUAGAGAAAUCCUCGGUGAUUUUUUCAGACACGGCUUCGACGGCUCAGGAGCGGAUAACUUCUAUGACGCUGGUAGCUGUAUCGAUGGCCGGUUGACGAGCGCGUGGAAUUGGUGCUCACUUCUAGAGAAGAAAAGAUUCUUCCCGGUAUUCCUCUUGACAGGGUUCACCGGUUUCGACGGUGACUGGUAG